UUUUUCGGUUUCCUAAGCCUCUCCUCUCUCUCUCUCUCUCAUCUGUGUUCUUCUCUCUUCAUCCCUUACCGGUAAACAUCGUCCCUCGCCGGUAAACCACUACUUUUGCCGGCGAAAAGCCUCCAGGUCUCGCCGGAAAUCCGCGCAUACCUCUCUCUCCGAGUUCCGUUGGUUUCCUUUUCAUUUUUCGUGCCUCCCGGUCGUAGAAGGCUUCGGAUCUCCGACUCUGACUUGGCUCGGUCUCGCUCGUCGCAUUUUGAGAGAAUGUGGCGGGCCUGGUUCGCUUUAAAGGCUUAGCGUCGAGUCUUUUGUGGCUGGGGUCGUGAUCUAGGGUUUGGUUUUUGGGAUUCGGACUUGUUUUUGUCGUUGUUUUUUAUUCUGCUCACGGCGAAGCUUACUAAACCGGAGGCUUAUAGCGAAGGACCUCGGAAUGAAAUGGUAGAAGGAAGGGUUUGUUUAUCUAAAGAGGUUAAAAAUGGGUUAGAACUUCUGAAGCAUAAAAGGCUUCAGCGAAUGAAAUCAGAAACCAUUAAUGAGAUAGCAAGUAUCACUAACAUGAUGACCAGGAGUGGAGGAGAUUCUUUGAGAGCUUCAGCAUCAUGUGGCGUGAGGCUUCAUGGUAGUGCAGAUAUCGUUUCAAAGCGCAAGGUUGACAAGUUUGACACAAGUGAUCUAGAAUGGACCGAGAAAAUUCCAGAGUGCCCUGUGUACUGUCCAACUAAGGAGGACUUUGAGGACCCUUUGGUAUUUUUGCAGAAGAUAGCCCCAGAAGCCUCAAAAUAUGGAAUAUGCAAGAUUAUUUCCCCAUUGAGUGCGUCUGUUCCAGCUGGGGCUGUAUUGAUGAAGGAGAAAUCUGGAUUCAAGUUCACAACUAGAGUGCAGCCUCUUCGGCUUGCAGAGUGGGACUCUGACGAUAAGGUCACCUUUUUCAUGAGUGGAAGAAAUUAUACAUUUCGUGAUUUCGAGAAAAUGGCGAACAAGGUUUUUGCUCGUAGAUAUUAUAGUGCUGGAUGUCUUCCUGCUACAUACAUGGAAAAAGAAUUUUGGCAAGAAAUUGCUUGUGGAAAAACUGAAACUGUUGAAUAUGCCUGCGAUGUUGAUGGUAGUGCCUUUUCAUCUUCUCCCAGUGACCUGCUUGGAAAUAGCAAAUGGAAUUUGAAGAAACUUUCACGCUUGCCCAAGUCCAUUUUGAGACUUCUGGAUAGAGCUAUUCCGGGAGUAACUGAACCUAUGCUUUACAUUGGAAUGCUUUUCAGUAUGUUUGCUUGGCAUGUGGAAGAUCAUUAUUUGUACAGUAUGAAUUAUCAUCACUGCGGGGCUGCAAAAACUUGGUAUGGCAUUCCGGGUCGUGCAGCUCUGGAAUUUGAAAAGGUGGUCAGGGAACAUGUCUAUACUCACGACAUUGUAUCAACUGGUGACGAAGAUGGAGCUUUUGAUGUUCUUCUGGGAAAAACUACUUUGUUUCCACCGAAUAUUCUUUUGGAACAUGGUGUUCCUGUCUACAAGGCCGUGCAAAAGCCUGGGGAGUUCAUAAUUACCUUCCCAAGAGCAUAUCAUGCUGGCUUUAGUCAUGGUUUCAAUUGUGGUGAGGCAGUGAACUUUGCAAUUGGUGAUUGGUUUCCUUUGGGGGCAGUAGCCAGCCUACGCUAUGCACAUCUUAACAGGGUGCCUCUGCUUCCUCAUGAAGAACUUGUGUGUAAAGAGGCAAUGCUUCUCUCUCUGAGUCUUGAACUUGAAGAUUUGGAUUAUUCAGCGGCAGACUUGGUCUCACAUCGUUGCAUUAAGAUUUCUUUUGUAAAUCUGAUGCGAUUCCAGCAUUGUGCCCGUUGGGUAUUAAUGAAAUCAAAGGCUUGCAAUGGCGUUUCUUUAAUUUCUCACGAAACUAUUGUAUGCAGCAUAUGCAAACGUGACUGUUAUGUAGCUUAUAUCAACUGCAGCUGUUACAUGCACCCCGUGUGCCUUCGCCAUGAUAUUGCGUCUCUUGACUUUUCUUGUGGGAGCAAUCAUACGCUAUUUGUGAGGGAGGAUAUUACAGAAAUGGAAGCUGCAGCCAAGAAGUUUGAGCAGGAAGAGGGAAUAUUAGAGGAGAUUAAUCGACAAGCUAGAAGUGGUGGUAACUUGUAUUUACACCCCUUUUCGUAUAUGUGUGGUAGAGCUGAAGAUGGAUAUUCUCCUUAUUGUGAGAUAAAAUUGGAGUUGAAACCUGAACAUUGUGUUACAACUCGACAUCAGUCACAAGAAGUAGAGUGUCUUGCUGAUAGCCAGCCCAUGUGGAGUUCUGGUGAAGAGAAUAUGAGAUCCGAAGUGUCUGAAGCUUCCCUUUCUUGUGCUGCAUCAACUGUGUCCUCUUCAGUAGAGCCUCUUGAGAGCUCAGUACAAAGCAAUUUAAAGGGGAAUGCUAACUUAUAUUCUGGGAAUCCUAACUCCAAAAAGUAUUUUGAAGAAGCGUUGCGCUGUGCACAUGAAUCUUCUCUAUCCUCCCACUCUUGUGACGAAUCCUUCGGUACACCUUCCAACAAUCUUCAUCAAUCAGGAUUUAAGCCUAUUGUAGAUCAAGACAGUGAUGAUUCUGACUCAGAAAUCUUUAGAGUUAAGCGUCGUACUUCACUGAAGGUCGAUAAAAGAGAUGUGAAUGAUGCGUUGCAUCUAAAGCGUUCUGAUCGCCAGGGGCUUAAACGGCUGAAGAAAGUCCAACCUGAAGGGAGAUGUGGGCAACUAAUGCCGUCUGAUUGCUGCAGAACUGAUGAAUCACAUUGUAAAUUUUCUCCUACUCAUUAUAAAGAAACUCGAGAUUGUGCUUGGAGGGACGGGUUCGCCAGAGGAAGUAGCAUUCCCAUUUCCAUCAAGUAUAAAAAGUUGGCCAAUGAGGAAGCAACAAGUAGACAGCGGGAACACCAAAGAAUGGAUAGGUUCCAGCUUGAGUUGGGAAAGACCUUGAGGGAACCACCCCCUAUGGAGAUUGGGCCAAAGCGCCUUAAAGUCAGAGGUCCGUCAUAUUUAGGGACAGAGCAGGUUGGAGUGAAGUUUAGAUCACUAGAGUGACAAAGAAUCGUGGUUGGCCUGCCCGCCGCUGGAGCAGAUCUUGAACCUGACUUUGCUAACUUUACUCUAAUGGGGUUCUAACUACACACGGAUAAUCUAAAGGAUUGAUAACGGGAGCAGUGGCGAAAAGAUUAACCAAGAUUAGGAUUAAGAUUUAUAUAUUCUUUGUGCAGGGGGCCCUAAUUGGGGCGAUUUGCACGGGUGGUGAUUCUUGGGGUUCUCGAGCCGGGGUGUUUUUCCAGUCUUUGGCAGGAGAACCUUCCCUGCUUGCUAAAAACUUGGAGAUCUGACAGUAAAUGAUGUAAAUUUUCUUUGUAUCAGUCAAAUUAAUUUUUGUGAGGGAAGUUUGGGUAUUACCCACCCAUUGCUUUCUCAUGUACCUGCUGCUUCCGUUUCAUCUUGGUUCUUUAUUCAUUUCGUAGCUAUUGGUCAUUGUACACACCUUGGACUACUUUAAUAAAACGCAGAGAAAUUCCCUUUU